UCGUGCCACCCAGAUAGUCCAGGCAGUUGCUGGGAUGCAGGAAACCUCUGCUCAUGUCUUUUUGGGUUUUCCAACAGCGAUAUGAAUUUGGCUUUCCCUUAUCCCAGCAGAGGGAGGCACCAUCUCUUUUUCCCUUUCUUCCUGCCCUGAACCAACUUUUACAAGCUGGCAUUUCCUCCUGGAGAGCAUCCCGUCGGAGGUGCCCAAGGAGCUCAGGCAAAAGGGGUCCUUCUUCUCUCGCCUCCUCCGGCUCCGGUAGCUGUCAGGGCCAGCGGGGAAGGAUGUUUUCCUCGGUGAAGCCAUACGAGAACCAACGCUAUGCCUCCCUGAAGAAGACAUGUCAGAGGCGGAAGCAGCUCUUUGAGGACCCACUUUUCCCUGCCAACGAUGACUCACUCUUCUACAAGUCAAGAAUCCAGGGCAUCCAGUGGAAGCGGCCAAACGAAAUCUGCAAUGACCCACGUCUCUUUGUGGAUGGGAUCAGCUCCCAUGACUUACACCAGGGCCAGGUCGGGAACUGCUGGUUUGUGGCUGCCUGCUCCUCCCUGGCGUCCCGGGAGUCUCUGUGGCAGAAGGUCAUCCCGGACUGGAAGGAGCAGGAGUGGAACCCCGAGAAACCUGAGAGCUAUGCAGGGAUUUUCCACUUCCAGUUUUGGCGCUUUGGUCAAUGGCUGGACGUGGUGAUAGAUGACCGCCUGCCCACACUCCAUAAUCAGCUCAUCUACUGCCAUUCCAACUCCAGGAAUGAGUUCUGGUGCGCCUUGGUGGAGAAAGCUUAUGCCAAGUUGUCAGGCUGUUAUGAGGCCCUGGAUGGAGGCAACACAGCUGAUGCCCUUGUAGACUUUACUGGUGGGGUCUCUGAACCUAUUGACCUGACUGAAGGAGACUACGUUGCUGAUGAAGCCAAGCGGAACCUCCUCUUUGAGCGUGUGUUGAAGGUGCACAGCCGGGGAGGCCUCAUCAGCUGCUCCAUCAAAGCUACGUCAGCAGCAGACAUGGAGACCCGCCUGGCCUGUGGGCUGGUGAAGGGCCAUGCAUACGCAGUGACGGAUGUGCGGAAAGUCCGCCUGGGACACGGCCUGCUGUCCUUCUUCAAGUCAGAGAAGCUGGACAUGAUCCGCAUGCGCAACCCAUGGGGUGAGCGGGAGUGGAACGGCCCUUGGAGCGACACCUCUGAGGAGUGGCAGAAAGUGAGCAAAAGUGAGAGAGAGAAGAUGGGGAUGACAGUGGAAGACGAUGGGGAGUUCUGGAUGACCUUUGAAGACUUCUGCAAAUACUUCACAGACAUCGUCAAGUGUCGUCUCAUCAACACGUCCUACCUGAGCAUCCACAAGACCUGGGAAGAGGCAGUGCUACAUGGGACAUGGACAAGAAAUGAAGACCCUUUGAAGAACCGCAGUGGAGGCUGCAUCAAUCACAAGGACACCUUUCUGCAAAACCCCCAAUAUGUGUUUGAUGUGAAGAAGGCAGAAGAUGAAGUACUGAUCUCCAUCCAGCAGAAACCGAAAAGGACCAGCCGCAAAGAGGGCAAAGGAGAGAACCUGGCCAUAGGCUUUGAUAUCCAUAAGGUCGAGCUGAACAGGAACUACCGGAUGCACACCCUGCAGCAGAAAGUGGCCAGCUCCAUUUACAUCAACUCUCGCAGCGUCUUCCUGAGGACAGACCUGCAGGAAGGCCGUUACGUCAUCAUCCCCACCACCUUUGACCCUGGUCAUGUAGGCGAAUUCCUUCUCAGGAUUUUCACAGAUGUGCCUUCAGAUUGCCGAGAACUGACGCUGGAUGAGCCGCCACACACCUGCUGGAGUGGGAUGUGUGGCUAUCCGCAAGUGGUGUCCCAGAUCCACGUCCUUGCCGCAGCUGGGCUCAAGAAUCAGGACACCCAAGGAGGAGCAGACCCUUAUGUGAUCAUAAAAUGUGAAGGGGAAAAGGUUCGCUCUCCAGUGAAGAAAAAUACAGUGGCUCCAGAAUUUGAUGUGAAAGGUCUCUUCUACCGCAAGAAGCCGAGACAACCUAUCAUUGUUCAGAUCUGGAACUAUAACUUAAUAAGUGACGAGUUCUUGGGCCAAGUAGCACUCACGGGGGAUCCCAGUGACCAGCAGUCAGUGCACACACUGCAUCUCCAGGACAAGGGGAACAGGAGAUCAAAUGAUCUUCCCGGAACCAUCGCUGUGAGGCUACUCAGUAGUAACAUCCUCACCAAUGUCUAAAUACUCAAGGACUCCUCCUCUGGUGCCACUUAUGUAUAUAUAUAUUUACGUGUACACAUACACACACACAUAUAUAUACACACAUAUAGAGCAUUUAUGCCACCUGCAAGUGUAUAUGAACUAUGCAUGCAUUCCACUCAAUGGAGCCAGUCUUGUGUUUUUGAUGUUUAAAAAAAUGGUGCCUUUUGGGGGAUCCAAAAUGGUUCUUUGACUUGCACCUUCCGCUGCCCAUGCCGCCGACGUGUGUCCUGAGGGAUCGCUGUGGGCACUCUGUGUGUUCUGACAGCCGGAGCAGGACGCCAUGGUGCUGUUUGUUUACAUGGGGCUGGCAUGUACAUGCCACCACGCACACGUGUGCCCACCGUGGUCCCACCAGGCACUUCUGUGCAUCUUCAGUAUGUCCACUUGGUUUAGACUUGCGUGUGGAGAGUCAUUUCCAGUGAACCGCCAUUUAAUUGCUUAUAUGCGGAGGCAUCUCAGGAAAAGGGAUGGCCAAACUGAAGAAUGGACUAGGGAUUUGGGAUGUUUUCUGGGCACUAGUUUGCACACAGCAACUGGAAAGAAAAAGCACCAGGACAUUCCCACAGUCCCAAAUCCCAGUCAACAAGGGCGAACCUAUCCUGCUAUUAAACAAGAUGAAAGGCUCCAUCAUUUUAGGGACCAGCUGUCUCACUGCGAGUCCUGUUCAGCUCCAUGCCUUUCUGAAGGUACAAGGCCACCAACAGACGUAGCUGGACAACUGUUCUUCAGGGUGAGGUUUUUGAGUGGCUCUGGUCUCCUGCACGUGCCUCUCAAACUGCCUUGAUACCUGCUGUCUCCAUCACUCCAUGCAGUCUCCAUCCCUACAGAUUGAACCCAAUCUUUCGCUGAGUGGGAGAGAGAUGCCAGAGCCCCAUCACUAGGGUGAAUUGUCACAGGCACAAGUCUGCUGGGUACGUUCAGCGUUCAGAGAAGAGGAGGAUAUUGGUUCCUCUGAAGGCCGGAGUGGCACGUCCAGGGGGUGGGAAGCUUUGUUUGACUGGGCUUCAUCUUUAUGGCUGCAUACCGAUUUCCAGUGCAUCAUUUCUCUGUGCCUUGCUUUCCCAAAUUAUUUUAAAAAGCAGUGAGGUCUUUGUUUGUGCUGAAGAGAAGAGGAGCACUGCUCCCAGUGCAGCCCGAAAACAUUGGGCAUAUUUAAUUACUAUCAGUGUCCAUCUCUCAGUUUUAAUUUCUGGCCUAUUGGCCUGGAGAAUUAGGUGCGCUGGACUAGAUCCAGUCUCACAAGCACAACCCCAGUGCAUCUUCAGGGGACUGAGGACAGUCUUCCUGCCUCUAGGGCCAUGUUCUGUCUGUGCCUUGCUUGCAAUGAAUACUGGGUUUUUCUUGCUUAUUCCACUGGGUGGCAGAAUAUGGCUUCUUAUAAAACCAUCCCAGAUAAGCAAAACCACAGAUCCUUGGCUGUCCUUUCAAUAGCAGGCAAGGCAGGUUUCAAGGCAUUUUUAUUUUGUUGUUUAGAAUUACUUUUUUUUUUUUAGUGUGCCUUUAAAAAUGGUGCAAGUUAAGGGAUUUUCUGUCAGAUGUAAAUGAUUUUAUAUGAACCAAAUCUUUUGCAGUCACCUGCUUACAAGAGGAAGGGAAUACACGUGAUGUAAUGCUUCCUGUAAAUGGCUUUUUAAAAUCGGUACAAGGCAAUCUCAGUAAAUUUUUGCCUAAGCAGAAUUUGUCUGCAAGGACAGGUGAACAUGCACACCUUCUUUUAUCAUAGUGAGCAGGGUUUCCGUCUGACUUACUAAAUGUCAAUGUUUGUGCUAUAUAAAGCUUUUUUUUUUUUAAUUUCAUAAAAAACUGCUACGUCUGUAACGUGGUCAAUUGUUCUACAAAAUCAGGUUAGCUGCCAGUUCAGUUCUUGGUGCAUCAAGAAGCAUACAGUGCAACUUAAUUUUUACAGGUUCCCCUUUCCUCAUCUUCGGAGUUUAGGUGCUCAUCUCUUGUGGGUAUGCAUUAGGUUGUUGACUAAAUUGCUCGUUUUCUUAGAUCUUUUUUUACAGGACUUGGAGGGAGGCAGUGGCCCACAGGAUGCUCUUUCCAGGUGCCAAUUUUUCCUAGCUUGUGUUGAACACCUUCCAACUCCUGUUGCCAUCACUGGGACCUGGAUGAGUUUGUCAGCUUUCAGAAUUGGCUCAGAUGCGCCUAGGCUGGUAAACAAUGUCUUGACCCCUCCCAAGGUCAAAUUAAACCCUUGAGUUUGGGCAGCCCUCUAGUUCAGAUUUAUUUUGAUUUAAGCCCAUUGUGGUGCGUGGGGCUUAUCACUGAAAAUAACUGGAAGCAGCACUGAGGGUCCAAAACCAGUAUCUCUGGUUUGUGGAUUGGGGACGCUGUCUUAGGAGAAGACCUCGCAAGCUCGUGUUCACAGUGAGAGGUGUAAGGGAAUGUGAUGCCUAAAAAUACCUCACCUGGGAGGGAGAAGAGCUAUUUAGGUGGGGCAGAACAUCACAGGAAGGAAUGGGAAUACACCAGCUGCAAAUACUUUUAAGCUGGAAGUGGACGUGUUUUCAUCCUCGAUGCAGGAAAGUUUUGAAGCUCCCUCCCAGCUCUUCCAGCUGCCUUUACAGAGGCGCUGUCAGGGCAAGGGGCAAUGUGGGGAGAUGCAGUAAAAAUAGGGAACAGGGGUUGAGGGCAUCCUCAACAGAAUGGAUCUUGUCAGAAGUCAUACCGUGAACAUCCCUGGUCUGGCAGGCUGUGGGUAGACUUCAGGGGCAAGGGCUAAUUCCAGCUGAAGCUUUCUCUGCUUUGAAGGCAUUUGUAAGUCUCUCCCCUUUGAUUUCUUUGCAUCUAAUAAUAGCAAGCUCACACUGCAGCCUUUUCCUCAGUAAAUGCACUAACAAUCUCUGGUGCCAAUCCAGCUGCCCAAUUUAUGAAUCUUUGAGAAAUCUGAACCUCUGAGAGCCUUACUCCCUAGCAAAUUGAGCUGAAAUCAAACUAAAAAGCUGCUGUGAUGGGGGUCAAUAAUGCAACAUCAUAGGCAGCUGGGUGUAGCCAGUGUGCCUGCAUUAAGCCUUGUUUUCUCAGGAAAUCGGGCUACCAAUAACUUCAGCAAGCUAGAGCCAUUGGGCCAAGGAGUGCCCUUUUACUCUUGUCAAGCAGCACCUCAGUCCCCAAGGAACAGUGCUAAAGCUCACCGAGGAGUGGGGUGCCUCAAUAGCCAUGGCCAGUCUCCUUCCUUCUUACAGAAAAUCAAGCCAUAAUGAGAGGAACGGCAGCUUUUUAGUAGCCCUUUUUUUAACAAAAAUAUCAUACGAUAUCAUCAGGACCAAAAUGUCUUAAUAUUAGUAAUAGUUUUGUUCUUAUUUCUCCUCAUUUUUUUUUAUUUUUAAAAGGAAAUCUUUAAGUUAGAGCAGAAGCUUUCUUUCCUCCUUCAUUUCCAAUGUUGCAUUUUUUUAUAACUUGUUUUUAAAGUCAGGUUGGGGAUGGUAGGUAUUGAAAUGCCAUUACUAAUGCUGAUGUCUUUUCUAUUUCAAUUAAGCAAACAGAAAUAUUUUGUCUGAAAGAAGGGAGGGUCCGAUUGUCAUUCUCCGGUCUCCCCUAGAUGGUGUAGGAUAUGUGUCUGACUUAUUGCCUCUUACUUUUGUUAAUCAUUUCAUUAGUUGCAAGAAACCUGUCAUUACACUCUUGUUAAAUCUGUUUUGUGACAUGUCCAUGUUCAAACAAGCUAUCAACAUGUCUUCAUCACCAAAGGCACUGAAGUGUCACGCUGCACAAGAUCAGAGAGUGGUCCAAACAGAAAGCCAACACUACACAGCUGUAAACCUCCUAUAAAUAAAUUGUGUAUAUUUUA